AUGAUUCGGUAUCGAUACGUCGUCCAAGGUGAAACUGUGAAUCUGCUGGCAAUUAUUAUCAGUGAGUCUCGAACAACGAGAUCCAGUCAGCUUCCGGACGUUCCAUCUUGUGUCACGCUGUCAUCAGCUCACAUCUGCCUGCUCCAACAAAACGGCCUCUUAGCCUACAAGAAUGCCCUUCCUGUGUUGGUGUUAUGCAAGCACGAUACUCCACUGUCACAGUGCCGCAGACCUGCAUUAUCCUGCUUGGCCAAGAUGAGGGGUAAGUUCACUUGGACACCUGGAGACAUAAAUGAGCACAGAUUGUUGUUCCUCUCUGAGAGAAUCUUUUGCCAGCUUAUGGUUCAAUCUUCAUACAUCAUGGUUGACUCUCAGAGAACCACUGGAGCUGAAGAGAGCGCUGUGGGCAGUGUUCCUUCACCAUCUGCCAACAACCUGGAGCCUACUCGUAGCACCGGCCACGACAUUGCAAUCAAUCACGGCCCCAUUCUAGAGGCCGAAGCAGAGAACAGUGACUUAAUAGACGACGAUGCCUCGGACAGAGCGACAAGUGUGGCAUCUUCAAGCACAAGCUUGUCCAGCUCGAUUCUUCAGCAUCGCUUGGAGAAUGGAAGAACUUACCACAAAUACAAAGACGGAAAAUAUCUUUUCCCCAACGACGAAAGAGAGAACGACAGGCUUGAUUUGCAGCAUGACCUUUAUCUGUUGACGCUGGAAUAUAAGCUGGGUCUUGCUCCCCCGAACAACGAAAAUUCAGGCGUUAAGCGCGUCCUGGACAUCGGGACAGGCACGGGACUCUGGGCUAUCGAAUUCGCCGAUGAACAUCCUGAAGCUGAGGUUCUAGGGGUCGAUCUUACUCCGGUACAGACUCAAUUUGUUCCGCCGAAUCUAAAAUUUGAAGUUGACGACAUUGAACAACCCUGGACAUUCAGCCAGCCUUUCGACUACAUACACAUUCGUGGCAUGACCUCUAGUGUCUCUGACUGGCACGCAUUCUUCAAGCAAGCAUACAACGGCCUUACUCCCGGUGGUUAUAUCGAACUAUUCGAAGGUCAUGCGCGCACACAGUCGGACGAUGGGUCGUUGACUCCUAAUCACGCAUUCUGGCAGUGGGCAGACAAGCUGGACGAGUGCUGCAAGAUCCUCGGCCGUCCAUUUGUCCACGUUCCGAGUCUUGUUCCUAUCCUUGAGCAAGCGGGUUUUGUCGAUGUGACCAUCGUUCCGUUCAAGUGGCCCAUCGGCCCGUGGGCAAAAGAUCCAUAUUACAAAGAACUUGGGGUGUGGGCUCUUGAGAAUGCCUCCGAGGGCCUCGAAGCUUGGACAAUGGCAGCACUGACUAGGGCGCUCGACUGGAGCAAUGCAGAGGUGCAAACUUUUCUGGCUCAAGUCAGGAAGGACCUGAAAGACCGAAGCAUCCACCACUACUGUCCUUUAUGGGUGAUUUAUGGCAAAAAGCCAUUUGGUUUCGUGCUCGAUCCCUACAAGACUUCAAAGAAGGCGCUAAAUCAUCGAACACCUAUAAUUCAAAUUGAAAGCAUCGCGGCAUCGAUUCGGGAUCAGGCUACCAACCAUUUAUCCGUGAUGCAAUGCAGCCCACAGGCCAACAACUCAACCAAUGAAGUGAAGCCGCAAAUGCAGGCCUCGGAGUGCGACAUAGGUAAGACACGACCCAUGGGCUUGCAGCUUAAUUUGGCAGCUGAGAGCAUGAUCUCGAAACGGUAUGGAAGGGAUGAGCACUCCUUCAAAUCAACGAACAUGGCUGUAUUCGAUGCAGACCCAGAGGGAAUCGCACCAGUUGUGCGACCAGCCGCUGUGCUCGACGAUCAAAAUGAAACACCGAUCGAGUCAUCUACGACGACCGCAACAUUGCCUGAGAUAGCUCCGAACCAGACCGCACAUGAGAUUGACCGCCGCGAUGCGGACCCUGUAGUCCCAGAGCAAAGAGCCGAAAGUUUUCAAGCCCAGCAGUUUGCAGACAAAACCACCUUGUCAGGGUGGUUUCCCCAAAUAAGAAGUGACGAAAAUAGCAGUUGGCGCAUAUGGUUUUCACGAAGAAGUCGUGCUCUCAUGGUCCAGAUUGGGAUUAUCGGCUUCAUCCUGAUGACAAAUCUCGGUGUGACUAUUUUUGCUGUCAAAAGCUACGGAAGCCGCAAUGGUGUCGGGUUGAUAUACGAAGGCGACUGCUCAACCGUGAAAAGGCUUGACCAAUGGUUGCAUUUGCGCAUCAAUUUGUUGGGAACAGGCAUGCUGUCGGCUUCAAAUUAUUGCAUGCAACUGCAGGCUGCGCCAACACGCGAGAACGUGAAUGCUGCUCAUGCGAAACACAAGUGGCUGGACAUUGGCAUUCCUAGCCUUCGAAAUCUAAAAUAUCUCAGCAUGUGGAGGCGAUGUUCGUGGGCAUUGUUGGCCUUGACCUCUAUUCCUAUUCAUCUCAUAUACAACUCGGCUGUGUUCCAGUCACUUUCAUCUCACAAUUACACCGUUGUCGUUGUCAAAGAUUCCUUUUUGAACAAUGCUUCAUGGACCUUGGAAACAGCAGAGGACAAUCGAGCCGGCGACUACGGCUGGGAAGACACCCGAGUCAACCCCUCAAACCUAGACUACGAAGAAGUAGUAAGAGCCAUACAGAGGAAUGCAUCCAUCUAUGAAGAACGCAACAUUUCAGCAUGUUUCGACUUGUAUGACGACUACUUCAAUCCCCAAGGAAACGCGAUCAUUCUAGUCAAGAAUGAAACUUUACAGAGCCCGCCAGAGGACAGUCUGCUCAUGUAUGUUUCCAUCGUCCCUCGUUCAGACGACUGGUCCAAGAACAUGUGGGCUCUAGGUAAUGGCACUGGUCACUUUGCAGCUUUGUCACCACCAAAACCCGUGACUAAAUGGUUCCUUGGGCCUCCAUAUUACGAGGUGUCACGAUGUAUCGUUCAGCCGCCAGAAGGGCUCAGCGCAAACUGUCGAUUCGAAUAUUCGCCUCCCAUCAUGUUCACUAUUUGCAUCAUGAACAUGAUUAAAGCGGCCAUCAUGCUAUCAAUAUGGGCUCUGAGGAGAUGGCAGAAUCCCAGAAAGGAAAAUCAGGCGAAGGAGGUCUUAUACACCUUGGGCGAUGCCAUAGCCUCUUUCAUGCGGGAACCAUGCAAGCAAACUGUCGAUAUGGGACUUGCGACAAAGUACGACUUCUUGACUACACGAACUUUGCGCAACCGUUUUAUUAGAUCUUCCCCAACGAUAUUCCAAAAAAGACCUCAGCCGCGGGCUUUUGAAAAGAACCCAAAGCAGUGGAGAUCCUCUGCAAGCCUAAGACGUUGGGUCAUCAUGCUGGCCAUGUGUCUUCUUGUAAUCAUAAUCGCAGCUGUACUUUUGACAAUGUCAUUCGUAAGCCUAAGACAAAGAGGUUUCGGUGUAAAGAUACCACAGCUGUGGAAGCUAGGCUUUGGAGCCUUGACGCCUUACACCUACUUGGUGAUUAAUAUGCCUCGUACAGACCCAGGAGGGUUGAUAGCUAAUGUGCUAUUGGCCAACUUGCCUCAACUCGUCCUGUCGAUCUUGUACAUCGUCUACAAUACUAUGCUGAGCACCUUUUUAGUCCAAAGGGAGUUCAGUCGCAUGUGGGAUCCGGGCAAUAGGAAGCCGUUGAGAGUUUCCGAACCAAUAGGGAUCCAACGAUCAAGUUACUUCAUUUCCCUGCCCUUGAGAUAUGGGAUUCCGCUUUAUGCUAGCUCGGGCAUCAUGCAUUGGCUGGUGUCACAGAGCCUUUUCUUGGCACGAAUUCGAGCCAUAACCACAGACGGGAGUGACGAUGAUGUCAACUCUUUCUCGACAUGUGGCUAUAGUCCUAUAGCUGUGUUUGUCACAUUGCUUGCGGGGCUCCUUCUCGUCAUCAUUAUCAUCGGUAUGGGGCUGCGACGCUAUGAUGGCACAAUGCCAAUGGUGUCGACCAAUAGUCUGGCAAUAAGUGCUGCUUGUCACGUCCUGCGGGAAGAUCAGGAUGGCGGCUAUCUGCUACCUAUUCAGUGGGGAGUUCUCAGUAUGACUGGGGGCGUUGGGAAGUGUGCUUUCACUACAGCGGCGGUCAACACGGUCAAGCUCCCAGAGAAAGGCCCAGAUCGAGUCUACAAUCAGGGUCCAGGCCUUGAACCCAAAUCAAGCUUGUUCUCGAUGGGCUGGACUUCACAUAAUGGGCAAAAAAAAAACAGCAUUGCAUAUCCAACCCAAAGUCACUACUCAAUCCCCGUGUCGGAAAGCUGCAAAUGGGCUCUAAAGGAGAUUGAUGAUCAUACGUCGGGAUUCCUCACUCAGGUCAGCUACCAAUGGCUGGCGUGUACAUCUUGGACGACGUACAAGUUGGGUGAAUCAUCAACCUACGGGAUUCUGCAUUCGCACAACGAGACUUUAUCUGAUGAAUGGACGAAUUUCUCAACAGAUGAGGUCCCGCAUGAAAUAUCUGGCAAACUUUCUCCGAUGGGAUCGCGAAAGUUUGGGCCGGACCAUGACCUCAGCGUGAACUAUCGAGGCCUGGAUCUCGUGUGGGUUUCUGAUGCUGUACGAGGACGAGGGCUGGAAAACUCACAUGGUGAGGUUGAGCAACAGGGCCUCCCGUGGUAUUCACCGACAUGUGCCCAGCUCUUGGUCACGACCUCAUUCUUCCCACAUUGCCGCCUCAUGCUGCUCGGUCUCGCUUCCUUCCUCUACUGCACUGCCUCGGAUGAUGAGUCCUACAUGAACCUCAAUCUCGGUGUCGAGUGUAAUCUCUCAUACGGAAAUGGAUUCUGGAAAAGAGUCUUUCGGGUAAUGCAGAUCAUGGUGUUGACGUCUGCCAAGUCAACUCAAAAGCAGUUCGGAGGUCCGAGCCAACUCAAUUAG